GAGCUUACGCAGACCUUUCCAAAAUGAUAUCUUCAGGUGACUAUGGGUCUCACUCCUGGGAGCUCUUGGUGAUAGUUGAUCAUCAGCUUGAAGAUGUACAAAAGGAAUAUUUACUACGGGUCACGGGGGACCUUCAUGUUGGAGGAGUGAUGCUGAAAUUAGUAGAGCAAAUCAAAAUACCACAAGAUUGGUCAGACUAUGCGCUUUGGUGGGAGCAAAAAAAAUCUUGGCUUCUGAAAACCCACUGGACACUCGAUAAAUGCGGCGUGCAGGCAGAUGCUAAGCUGUUCUUCACUACUCAGCACAAAAUGCUGCGGCUCCGCUUGCCAAACAUGAAGACUGUGAGACUGAAAGUCAGCUUCUCUUCUAUGGUAUUCAAAGCUGUCAGUGACAUCUGCAAAAUUCUCAAUAUUAGACGGUCAGAAGAACUCUCGUUGUUGAAGCAAUCAGAAGAUGCACUCAAAAAGAAAAAGAAAAAGGACAAGAACAGCAAAGAACCAGUUACAGAAGAUAUUUUAAACCUGUGCAACUCUCCAGUGAGUUCUGGAUUAUCAGGAAGUCCAGGUUUAUAUAGUAAAACCAUGACACCCACGUAUGAUCCCCUCAGCGGGACACCAGCUUCUUCCACGAUUACUUGGUUCAGCGACAGUCCCUUGACUGAGCAGAACUGCAGCAUCCUCGCCUUCAGUCAUCCCAGCUGCUCCCCAGAAACACUAGCAGAGAUGUACCAGCCCCGGACCUUAGCUGACAAAGCCAAACUCAACGCGGGCUGGCUAGAUUCAUCUCGAUCCCUGAUGGAACAAGGCAUUCUGGAGGACGAUCAACUUCUUUUGCGCUUUAAAUAUUACACUUUCUUUGAUUUGAAUCCAAAAUACGAUGCAGUGCGGAUAAACCAAAUAUAUGAGCAAGCCCGCUGGGCCAUCCUCUUAGAAGAAAUUGACUGCACGGAGGAAGAAAUGCUGAUCUUCGCUGCACUACAGUAUCAUGUGAGCAAGUUAUCGUUAUCCUCAGAGGCGCAAGAUUUCACGUCUGAAUCGGAAGUAGAUGAAGUAGAAGCUGCACUUUCUAAUCUGGAAGUGACGCUGGAAGGUGGAAACACAAGUAACAUUCUGGAGGACAUCACAGACAUCCCGAAACUUGCUGAUAAUCUCAGGCUAGUUAGGCCCAGGAAGCUGGCGCUCAGAGCAAUCAAGCCGUAUUGGUUUGUCUUUAAAGACACGUCAGUAUCUUAUUUUAAAAACCAGGAAUGCGCACAGGGAGAACCUAUUGAAAAACUAAACCUGAAAGGAUGUGAAGUUGUACCAGAUGUAAAUGUUGCAGCAAAGAAGUUUGGAAUCAAAUUACUAAUUCCUGUUGCUGAUGGCAUGAAUGAAGUAUAUUUGAGAUGUGAUAACGAGAAUCAGUACGCUCAGUGGAUGGCUGCUUGUGUUUUGGCCUCAAAAGGCAAAACAAUGGCCGAUAGCUCUUACCAUCCCGAGGUCAACAAGAUCCUUUCGUUUCUAAAGAUGAAGAACUGGGCCAUGUCUUCCCAGGCCGUCUCUGAUCCAGAAAGCACAGAUAUGAAACCAGAAUGCUUCGUCUCACCACGUUAUACCAAAAAAUACAAGUCCAAGCAGCUGGCUGCUCGGAUUCUGGAAGCCCACCAAAAUGUAUCCCAGAUGCCUCUCGUGGAGGCCAAGCUGCGUUUUAUUCAAGCAUGGCAGUCCCUUCCCGAGUUUGGCUUAUCCUACUACAUUGUAAGGUUUAAAGGAAGCAAAAAGGAUGAUGUGCUUGGGGUGUCCUAUAACAGGCUGAUCCGAAUAGAUAUAGCCACGGGGGAUCCUAUCACAACGUGGAGGUUCUCCAACAUGAAGCAGUGGAAUGUAAACUGGGAAAUACGCCAGGUUGCAAUCGAGUUUGAUCAGAACGUGUCCAUCGCCUUCACUUGUCUGAGCGCAGACUGCAAAAUCAUCCACGAGUGUAUUGGGGGCUACAUCUUCUUGUCAACCCGCUCCAAAGACCAGAAUGAAACACUGGAUGAAGAUCUGUUCCAUAAAUUAACUGGAGGUCAGGAAUGAGGUGAAGUCUUCCCUCCGCCUGCUUCUCCCCACAGCUAAGAGGACCACAGCCUAGACAAAACCCUCUCUGAUUGUCAAUUGCUGGCUAAAAAAUAUAUUGU